AUGAACAAUUCAUUCAACUCAAGAAGCUCAUCGCCAUUAGAUGGACCCAUAAGACAAAACAGGUCUUCCUCAUCAUCUUCCAACUCAGAAACUGUGUCACGAAGGACCACCACAUAUAGUCUCCUGUCGUUCGAUUCCAUCGCCACGUCGGAACGACUACUAGAUAAAUUGGAUCUAAGUCCCGAUGAAGAAUUACUAUUGGAGGAGGCCCUAAAGGAGGAGGAGGAUAGAAAUAGGAAAUUACAAAGCAGUUUUAGACCUACGUCGUCCACGGGGAACGUCAUUUGCAUGCCAGCCUCAGGGUUCCCAUCUUUGAGAAGUAGGAAUUUGCUGUCAAGUCAAAGAGACGCGAAUGCUGGUAAUUUGAAACCAUUUCUCAGAGGGGAGGAGUUGGUUGUUAAGGAUAAGACGUUGGCUGCAAGAGUGGAACAACAUUUUGUUCCGAAAUCAAGAUUUUCCUAUAUCGUGGAGGAAGAUAAUACUGAAGAUGUAGAUGAUGGGGUAAGUUAUCCUAAUGAUAGUAAUGAUAAUGAGCUAGUGAAUUUCGAGAAAUAUAGGUUGGAUAAUGAUCAGCUGAUUCAUUUAGUGAGUGAAACGCGGAAUUCUAAUGAACUUCCCAAAAAUCUUCAACAAUUGAAUUUGUCUUCCAAUUCACCCAUUAAAAAUAAUGUUAAUAGGAACGAUAGCACUAAUAGUACCAAUACAAUAUUUUCAGAGACAAGUCAAUUAUUGAAACCCAAGACACAAUCUACUUUUGAUAGCGAUUCUUCACCAGAGAGAUUAACACCAAAUUCAGAUUCAUCAUCUCCCCGUGGCAAAUCUCAACAGACAAUAAUACUGUCGGGUCCAGAUCGUAUAUUAGCCAAAGAAGUAUCAUCAAAUCCACCUUCACCUUCAUAUAAGACCCAUAAGAAAAAAAGUUCACUUUCAUCCUUGAAGAAUUUAUUCAAGAGCUCCAAGACUAAACAUAAAAAUGACCAACCAUCUAAUGUUAAUGAUUCACCAAUGUCCACUAAUAGCACGUUAAAACUCUCCAAUGCAUCACAUUCUUCCAUUCCUUCCAUGUCAUCUUCCACAGGAAUGAGCAAGUAUAUCCUAACUCCGAAUCCAGUUUUCCAUUUUGGCGAAAAUUCAUCAACAACCAAUGCAAAACCACCUUCAUCAGUGGAAAAUACUCCAACACAUUACAGAUCAUUAUCUGAUCUUCAAAGCCCAAAUGGAAAUCAAAAGCAUGAGAAAUUAGCCACAAGAACGUAUCAUCCAUUUAAGGAAAGAUCUCUCCCACCCUCAACAAACCAAAGACCGCAUGCAAGAAGAUCAAUGUCAUUAGAUCUGGCUCAUGAUAAACAAAUAAAAUUGCAAGAACAACAGUUCCCAGCAUAUCAAAAUAGAAAACCACCCAUAAUGGACUCCAUACGAUCUGCUAUAACGAUGAGACAUGAGGGUAAAUUAAGAGAGUCUGCAGAAAAAUUAAGAAAGGCCUGCCUAACGGGAGAUAAAACUGCUUUCUUAUUGUACGGACUAGCAUUGAGAUAUGGAUGUGGUGUUCCAAAAAAUUAUGCAGAAUCAUUCAGGUAUAUUAUGGCAUCCACUGGGAUAAAUAACGUCAAAUUGGAAAUAUUUGAUGUUAAUAUUGAUCCUAUUAAUUUAGAAUUGAACGAUCUAAUACCUGAUGUUGUACCACAACCUACAGCACCGGCAUUAUAUGAAUGUGGGAUGAUUUAUUUAAAAGGGUUUGGUGUUCCCUAUGUGGAUGAGUUGAAAGGACUUAAAUAUUUGGAAAAAGCUGCAUCAUUGGGACACAUUGAUUCCAUGUGCUUGAGUGGAACGAUAUGGUCCAAGAAAUCAAAUUCAAGAAAGAAAGAUCUAAUAAGAGCCGCAUCGUGGUUUAGACUCGCUCAUAAGAGAGGUGCUACAUUAAUUGGUUCUGAUUGGAUUUACAGAGAGAAAUAUAUGAAUGCAUUAUUGUUGAGGAAGGAACAAACAAUUUUGGUCUAA